CCUGUAUCUCAGCUCUCAGUAGCAGAGGUAAGCUGUGUUACCUGAUUUGUGGAUUUAUUAACAGACGUGUUGCAAACCCUGACAAUGGCAACCCUGAGGACCCAGUCCCUGGCAUUUUUGAUCCUCACCCUCUGUGUGUUCCUGCAGGAAGGGUUUGGACACCCCUUGUUGAGGCACACAGACUCCAGUGCCCACCUGGCCCCUCAGCAUGCCAGAGUGAAACGCUGUUCCUGCAACAACCAGAUGGACUCUGAGUGCCACUACUUCUGCCAUCUGGACAUCAUCUGGGUCAACACUCCUAGUAAGACCACUGUGUAUGGCCUGGGAAGUCCCCUGUCUCGUCGACGCCGCUCAGCAGGCCGCUGUGCCUGCACUGACCCGAAUGAUCGCGUGUGCACCGACUUCUGCCACUGCAGCUCCUCCAAUGCCACCCCACUACAGGCAAACCCUCCAAGCCAGGUCUGGGACUUACCCCCAAACAGAACAAGCUCCAGCCUGCUGGCUUCCCUCAGGGAUAUAGUCAAGACCAAUAUUGAGACAGCCAAGCGGGGUGUAACCAGGAAGAAAACCCCUGGGUCCCAUGGGCAUCAAAACAGAUAAAGCUGGUGGAGUUCACUGAGCAAGAAGAUCGAGCACCUGACCAAAAACCUGAUGGUGGAGGAGGAUGAAGGGUCUCAUGCCUACUGACAUCCUCUUCUCACAUGUGCCCUGCCAUCAUGGUACAUGACCAACAGAACAAAGAAGUGAGGAGACAUGGAUGUGUCAAAGAAUGCCAGAAACAUUCUUUACGUUAACUACUUAAGGGUCAGUUACCGGGAGAGCGAAGAGACUAGGAGAAUCGAGCACUGGGGAUGGCAGUGUCCCAGAGCCUAACAUGUCUGUCUCAGUCAAGUCCUAAUCCCUUCAUGGAUUCCGAUGUUGGAAGCAAGUCUUUCCUCCCACGCACACCCUGACUUGGACUUCCGUAAAGAGCGCCCCUCAGUCAUAGGACUGGAGACAAUGAGACCACACAGUCUGCUAACUGCAGUGCUCUCUGUUCACACAGGCUGUCGACACUGCAGAUGUCUGUGUAGCUUUUAUACCACUGGUCCUUAUUUCUAAUGUAGAAGUUGGAGCUGAGAACAGUCACACUACACUGUGCUGCCUGCCCUUGACUGUGGCCCAGUUUAUGAUGCCCACAAAGUUCUACAGGUCCUUCAAAGCAGCGCAAUGUGUGAUAUAAAGAAUUCUGAAACAAAGUUUGCUUAAUAUCAGCUUUCAUUCCAUAUAUGGACUGAUAACCAAAAUAUCUUGCAAGAUUUAAAAAAAGUCAUAGCCACAGGGAUUGCACCUUUCUGAUACUAAAAAGGGUUCCUCAGGAGAUGAACUGUGAUUAUGGUUUCAGUGCCUUUGUAGUGUACUCUGUCUCUCGCUGGUGGCAGUCAACACCAAGUACUAUGUGCUAGUGGUCUUACAUGAUGCUUUUUCUUCAGUGUUGGAGGAGUUGAGAGACUGGGAAAACAUACAGCUUCCAUUAUCUUGCCUUAAAUGUGGCAUUAUUUUCUUGUCUUAAUCCAGAAGCAUCUGACUUGUAGUGACAGAAAUGGAUGAACCUCACAGCUAAUUUUCAUGUAGCUGACACUGUUGUGCACUGAAGCAGGGGGUACUACUGAAGCCUGACACCAUGUCUCCAGCAUUCAGCCCUACUGCAUACCCAUUGCUGCUAAUUUGUGAAGCUGGAGGCGAAGGUUGAGAUAAGAGUACAUCUGUGGAAAGGUUGGUCAGCACACAAAAAGCCUGUAGCGCUAGCCAGCAAUUUGGCAAGGUAACAGUGUUGCAUUGCAGUCUACAUGUAUAACUGGAGAGCCUUUGCUUGAGAAUAACACAGAUCCAAAGAGAUUGCCCUUUUGUUAAUUUUACGGGGGAUCUGUAUUUCCAGUGCCUUCCUCACUUAGUGUCUCUGGCCCGAUAUUUUCUGAUGAUGGAUGUGUUUCAUGUUCUACUUUGAUGUGCUUAUUGUUUUCAGUGGCCACUAGUUUCAAUGGUCUGAGGCCUUGCCAAAAAUCGGCAAUUGUUUUGCAGAUAUUUAUUGUUUGCGACAUAUGGAAAACUAAUGCCCUAAUUACUCAUUAGGAAAGAUGUAUGUGAUUGCCAUGCAAAACCAGUUGUUCAUUGUUAUGUUGUUUUACAAAUCUGCUGUAUGUGACAGGAGUGAUACCAAAAUGAAGUUUCUUAAAUUUUCUCAGUCAGAUCUCUGGAUACAUCAC